AUGGCAGCUCUCUGCAUGCAGGAUAUUGAUGAGGGUGAUGAUAAUGAAGAUGUGGAUGAUGAUGAUGAAGAUUUAAUGGCAGAGCUAGAUGAAGUCCUGGGAGAGGAAAAAGAGGAACCCCAGAUUGUAUCGGCUCCUACGAAGAGCACUCCUUCCUCAGCUGGCGGUAUCGAGGGGUACUUUGACAGAGCGCCUGGCUAUGUACAAAGAAGCUCUGGCCAAUGCCAAGCAGGCAGGAGAAGGGACCAAAGCGCGGCGAUAUGAGAGAGGGGUUAAGACCUUAGAGGAUUUGCUGCGUACCGCUAAAAGGGGCGGAUCCGUGUCACCUGACGACAUCCCUCCUCCUGUGGCUGUGGGAAAUAGCGCCAGUUCCCCUGCAGCUCCACCCGCUGCUGUUGUACCAGAUCUUCCCGUAAAACCAACUCCUCCUGCAAAUGGUAUACCUCCUCAACCUCCUGCAUCUGCCAGAGCUCCUCCCCCGGUACCUGUCAAACCUCAGAGUCUCCCACAGCCUGUGACCUUGUCUGUGCCAACGACAUCAUCUGCACCAAUCACUCCCAUCACACCAGUCACUCCAAACAGCACGUUGGCAACCUCAUCAACACCAGCCAGUCUCAUUUCAGCCGAUGGAAACAAAGCACGGGUGCUGGAGCGUCAGAGGCAGUAUAAACUAGCAGCACUGAAGAGCAAACAGGAAGGAGAUGCGGAACUUGCCAGCAAGUAUUAUCGGAUUGCAAAGGUGAUUCUAAAACGAUCUAUAAGACAUGCUGAGCAUAUGGCCCAGUAA